AUGGACGUUCAGGAGGAAUUAUGUGACGACGGACGUGUAGGAGAGGAGGAAUUAUGUGACGACGGACGUGUAGGAGAGGAGGAAUUAUGUGACGACGGACGUGUAGGAGAGGAGGAAUUAUGUGACGACGGACGUGUAGGAGAGGAGGAAUUAUGUGACGACGGACGUGUAGGAGAGGAGGAAUUACGUGGCGACGGACGUGUAGGAGAGGAGGAAUUACGUGGCGACGGACGUGUAGGAGAGGAGGAAUUACGUGGCGACGGACGUGCAGGAGAGGAGGAAUUACGUGGCGACGGACGUGCAGGAGAGGAGGAAUUACGUGGCGACGGACGUGUAGGAGAGGAGGAAUUACGUGGCGACGGACGUGUAGGAGAGGAGGAAUUACGUGGCGACGGACGUGCGGGAGAGGAGGAAUUACGUGGCGACGGACGUGUAGGAGAGGAGGAAUUACGUGGCGACGGACGUGCGGGAGAGGAGGAAUUACGUGGUGACGGACGUGCAGGAGAGGAGGAAUUACGUGGCGACGGACGUGCGGGAGAGGAGGAAUUACGUGGCGACGGACGUGAGGAAUUACGUGGCGACGGACGUGCGGGAGAGGAGGAAUUACGUGGCGACGGACGUGCAGGAGAGGAGGAAUUACGUGGCGACGGACGUGCGGGAGAGGAGGAAUUACGUGGCGACGGACGUGUGGGAGAGGAGGAAUUACGUGGCGACGGACGUGCGGGAGAGGAGGAAUUACGUGGCGACGGACGUGCAGGAGGAGGAGGAAUUACAUGA